CACAAAGUGUUGCGUUUUGUUUUUUUUUUUCUAAGCAAAACACGGAGAUUUCAUCUCUGGCGUAAUCUUUUGCCGUUUCAGAAAAUCGCUAGUCAAUGUAGAGUGUAUACUGUUUACAAACGAUAAUCCAACCAUCCUCCCAUCGUUGGCGCACGUGUGAAAUUAUGUCCCAGCACUACAAGAACUUUCUCAGUCUUCUGGAGCGGUGGCCUGUGGAUAAAAGCAAAGUGGGCCGUGAUUUGGGCCAAUAUCUGCGGGAUCAGCUAACCGCUGUGCUUGGUUCGUCCAACAUCGUUGCCGUGAAGGACGACCGUCUACAGAAACAGUUCCGCUCGUUGGAGAACAUCGUAAACGACGUGCACGGUAAUCGGUAUCCGCGCAGUCUAAAUUCUACCGCCACCGGACUUUCUGGUGAACAGUGCCGCGAGGUGUUAUCUACCGAGUUUCUACAGAUUCUACAAAAGAAGGACUAGGUGUGC